GUCAUCAUUAUCGAAGUAUCCCCAGAACUAGGAACAUAAACAUCAAUGGUGAGCCUCACCAGCAAAAAAGUCCUGCCAUGAAAGGUAACUUUGCAUGAGCCAAUCUCUCCGCAAGAUAUAACUCGCCCAGAAGUCAAAAGCUAGACUAGAAAUUUCACUUCACCUUAGUACGGUGAAGUUCUUUUAAACCGGCUGGUGGAUGUUGAUCUGAUCUGCGUUUUGAGGUUGUCGAAAUUCGACAAACUAGUCCACAUUACUAGUUACGAGGGCUGCUCUGUGAAGUCAAGAUGUGUGGAAUUCUCGCCGUAUUUGGACUGAGUGAAUCUUCCGUGGGGAAGCGCAAGGAAGGUUUGAGACUCUCGAAAUUGCUACGUCAUCGAGGUCCGGAUUGGAACGGGAUCCAUUGUGCCAAGAACUGUCUUCUGGCUCACGAGAGAUUGGCCAUUAAUGGUCUCAACUCCGGUGCUCAACCCAUCUGCUCCAAACAAGAGGAUAUCUCGUUGUCCAUCAACGGCGAGAUCUACAACUACAUCGAGCUCAAAGACGAACUCAUCGCCCAGGAUGAACGAGUCAAAGACGACUUCACCACGGAUUCGGAUUGCGAGGUUAUCCUUCAUUUGUACAAGAAGUACGGCAAGGAUUUCUUGAAGGAGAAAUUCGUUAACGGCAUGUUCGCUUUUGCUUUGUACGACGAAACCGAGGAUGAAUACGUGAUUGCCCGUGAUCCAGUGGGCAUCAUUCCCUUGUACAUGGGUUGGUCUUCGGAUGGUUCCAUUUGGUUCGGAUCUGAACUGAAAGCUAUCCAAGACAAUUGCGACCAUUUCGAGAUCUUUCCCCCGGGUCAUUACUACGUGGGUCGAUCCGUCCGAUCUCCGAUCGGUAAUAAGCUCGAGUCCUAUUACACCGAACCGUGGUUCGUGGAUUUGAACCGGUUACCCUCCAUCAGUUUUGAUAAGCUCGAGCUCCGCAAUCAGCUAACCGAAUCUGUUCGACGGCAUUUAUUGUCCGAUGUUCCCUAUGGCGUGCUUCUAUCCGGAGGCUUGGACUCGUCUUUGAUCGCAUCCAUCGCUUGUCGAGAGUACAAAAAGAUUGGGAACAAUGAUAUCAUUCGCUCCUUCUGUAUUGGUUUGGAAGGUUCGCCGGACAUUGCGGCGGCGGAGAAGGUCGCUCGGCAUAUUGGAUCUCGGCACUAUUCGUUCACGUUCACCGUUCAGCAAGGCUUGGAUGCGUUGAUGGAUGUGAUCUACCAUGUGGAAACUUUUGAUGUGACCACGGUCAGGGCCUCUACACCCAUGUUUCUACUGGCUAGAAGAGUCAAGGCCACGGGAUGUAAGAUGGUCUUGAGCGGCGAAGGGGCGGACGAAGUGUUCGCCGGAUAUUUGUACUUUCAUAAAGCACCGAAUGCCGGCGAGUUGCACAAAGAAACGGUCAGGAAGAUCAAGUCUUUGCAGAAGCAUGACUGUUUGAGAGCUAACAAGAGCAUGAUGGCCUGGGGUGUUGAAGCUCGUGUUCCGUUUUUGGACCGCGAAUUCCUGGAAUACGCCAUGAAUCUGGAUCCGGAGGAAAAGAUGUGUAACGGCAAAAUCGAGAAGUACAUUCUGCGGGAGGCCUUCAACGAUCCCGAGAAUCCCUAUUUACCGGAUGAUAUCCUUUGGCGUCAGAAGGAGCAGUUUUCAGACGGGGUCGGUUACUCUUGGAUUGAUGCUCUCAAGGACAUUGCUGAGGAGAAUGUGAGCGAUCUCCAGAUGAAGUUUGCCGAAAGCCGCUUUGCAGUGAACCCGCCCGUUACGAAAGAGGCCUAUAUGUACCGCGAGAUCUUCAGCAAGCACUUCCCAUCGCCCUCCGCGGCAAAAACGGUUCCCUUCGGCAAAUCCAUUGCUUGUUCCACACCUGAAGCCAUUGCGUGGGAUGCAUCAUUUCAAAACGCUGCGGAUCCUUCUGGACGAGCCAUUGCCGGUGUUCAUUCUGUGGCUUAUAAAAAGACUUGAAUGAUUGAUUCCUUUUCUACUUUUGUACGGAGGGGUUCAAAUACAAAUAAAAAUCGGCUUUCUUCUCACUCAA